AUGGGUCUCGCCUCCCAACUGAUGCCCACUCUGCUCUGCUUACUAGCAUGUACCAGCAACAUGGGGGCCCAUGUACACAGAAAGACUAUUGUCCUGCGAGAGGUCAUCAGAACGCUGAACACACUUACAGAAAAAAAGGAUGCCUGUCUGGAGCUGACUGUAGCAGAUGUCUUCGCUGCCCCAAAGAAUACAACCAGGACAGAAAUCUUCUGCAGGGCCGCCACUACGAUCCGGCAGUUCUAUAAGGAGCACAAAUGUUUACAUCGUUUCCCGAAAGGGCUCUACAAGAAUCUUAGCAACCUGGCCAACAUGGUGAGCUGA